CCAACUGGAGGUGGCACGUGACCACAGCUCAAGUGGAAACAGUGGGGCUCUGGCUUGGUCACGCUCCUUGGUCACGGGCUCCCAAGGCUCCUGGGGCAGAGCUGGCCCAGGCUGAGGAAACAACUCAGAGAAGGAGGAUCUUGGCUCAGCUGUGUCCAGGGCACUGGAGAGGAGGUGGAAAACCAGAAAAGGGAAACAUGAGGAGAGAGGAGAAGGAAGGGAGAGAGGACUUGCUGAUUUAUUCCACCAUCAAUUGCUGAAUGCCCCUCAGAUGCCAGCACUGUGCCGGCGAGUCCUGGGAGCACAGUUGCGGGGCAGGCAGGUGAUCUCCAAAACGUGGCUCUACUUCCAGGAGGUGGACACCAAGGCUGAACAGUGACCUUCUAACCUCCAGACUGGCUGCAUCCUCCUGGCAUGGCCACCACCGCCUCCCCACUGCCACUCACCACCGAGGAUGCCAGGUCAGAAAACAGCAGCUUCCUCUACGACUAUGACUACCUAGAUGACGUGGCCUUCAUGCUCUGCAGGAAGGAUGCGGUGCUGUCCUUUGGCAAAGUCUUCCUGCCAGUCUUCUACAGCCUGAUCUUCGUGUUGGGCCUGGGCGGGAACCUCCUUCUUCUCGUGGUCCUGCUUCGCUAUGUGCCCCGCAGGCGGCUGGCUGAGGUCUAUCUGCUGAACCUGGCCAUCUCCAACCUCCUGUUUGUGGUGACACUGCCCUUCUGGGGCAUCUCCGUGGCCUGGCACUGGGUCUUUGGGAGUUUCCUGUGCAAGAUGGUGAGCACACUCUAUACCAUCAACUUUUACAGUGGCAUCUUUUUCAUCAGCUGCAUGAGCCUGGACAAAUACCUGGAGAUCGUCCAUGCUCGGCCCCACCACAGGCUGAGGACCCGGGCCAAGAGCCUGCUCCUUGCUGCCAUAGUGUGGGCCACGGCCCUGGCUGUCUCCAUCCCUGACAUGGUCUUGGUACAGACUCAUGAGAACCCCAAAGGUGUGUGGAACUGCUACGCAGACUUCGGCGGGCACGGGACCAUUUGGAAGUUCUUCCUCCGCUUUCAGCAGAACCUCCUGGGGUUUCUCCUUCCACUGCUUGCCAUGAUCUUCUUCUACUCACGCAUUGGCUGUGUCCUGGUCAGGCUGAGGCCCCCGGGCCAGGGCCGGGCUCUAAGAAUAGCCGCAGCCCUGGUGGUGGCCUUCUUCGUGCUGUGGUUCCCAUACAACCUCACCUUAUUUCUGCACUCACUGCUGGACCUGCAAGUCUUCGGGAACUGUGAGGUCAGCCAGCACCUGGACUACGCUCUGCAGGUGACAGAGAGCAUCGCCUUCCUUCACUGCUGCUUCACUCCCAUCCUGUACGCCUUCUCCAGUUGCCGCUUCCGCCAGUACCUGAAGGCUUUCCUGGCCGCUGUGCUCGGACGGCACCUGGCACCUGGCACGGCCCAGGCUUCGCAGUCCGACUGUUCUGAGAGCAGCAGGCUGACUGCCCAGGAAGAGGUGACCGGUAUGAAUGACCUUGGACACAGGCAGGCUGAGAAUUCCCCUAACAAGGGGGCUGUCGGGAAUGAUUAAGCCUGAGUGACCCCAUGCCAGGCUGGUGAGAGCGGAUGGGACCCUGCUCCGCUGGGCUUCCACUCAAAGCUCUCUCCAAGGGCCUCCGCCAGUUGUCAGUUACCAACUGUCAGCAGCAUGUGCUCACUCUGGCCUUUUCCUCCACUUUUGUCACUUGCUUCUAAGAUACCACACUCUCUUGCCUGGGUUGCCGCAGUGGUUUCCCUGCUGGCCUCGGCACUUCCUCUCUCUUCUCUCCUGUUGUCUAAUCUGCACCCGCUGGCCACAGUGAUCCUGACACUCUUGGCCUCCACUGCCACCUCCCUCAGAGCAGCCUGUGCAAACCCCAGAUUAUAACAAAUUUAGUUUAAAUCGGCUUUAUUCACCAGUUGGCUUUGUUUGCGAUUCUAGAUUCAGGCAAUAGAUUCAUUGGACCAGGAAGAGAUUCAUUUCAUAAGACAGAAGGAGUUCCAAAGAGCUGCCCAGAAGGGGGUGGUUUUACAGACAGAAAAGGGCUGAAGAAAGCAGAAACAGAGAACAAAAAGUGGAUUGGUCAUUUCAAGGUCACUCUGAAAGGCCCAACAGAGUGGUUGACAUUAGGUUUCUUCAGGUUACUUUUUUGUAAGGAUUAAAACAGAGGUUGCCUCUGAACUCUAGGAUAAGCUAUAAAGGAAACCAAACACCAAAGGGGAAUCAUUAAACUGGACUGUUUGGGAACUUGGCUGUUAACUUUUCUCUCCCAAUUUCUCAAAGGUCAGAUAGCAGCUUAGUUCCAAUUUGAUGACAUGAAACUAUAAUAUGAGUGACCCUGUUUUGGUUUGCUGUGUUCUACUGGGGCCUAGUGCAGGCCCUUAGUCCAAAACAAUGGACUCCCAUAAGUUUUAUUUAACAAGUGCAAGUCCCAGGCCCCCUCUGCACUUCUGACCUGGCUUCUGAGCUGUUUCUCAAACAUCCCAGGCACAUCCCCCUGGGGGAUUCCAGCUGUGCCUUCUUCCUGAACUGCCCUUCCCCCUCUGUCUGCUUGGCUCACUCCCUCACCUCCUCAUCUGCCCCUCAGCCCAGGAACAGGGACAGUCUGCAGGAGCGGGCAGUGAGCACCAUCUCAGGAGACUUCAGGUCUCCCUGAGGGCUGCGCAGUCAAGUCCAGAACCUUCCUGGAACUUCAAGGCUGGGCCUUUGGCAAGUGGAAUCCCAUGCAUCCUCCAGCCCUCAUACUCCUCCACUCCCUUUUCCUUUCCUGACACCAGGCAGCCCUUGCUGUUUCCUGCACUUUCCCUGCUGUGCCUGUGUUCUUGCUGGCUCCCUUAUGUAAGUGGGACCAUUUCCAGCCAGGCAUCCCCUCACCGCUGUCUACUGAAUCCCACUUACUCUGGGAAACCACUCCUGGGUCACUCUGCCCUGUGCUUUCCUGGAGGUUGGGUGGAUCACGGGACCCAGCCAGUUACUGCGUUAUGUUCCCGUAGCCACAGUGAUUCGCCUGGGGGUGGGCAUGCCAUCCAGGCAGAGCCAGGAGAUGCAAUGCCACUAGAACAUGCUAGAACAGAGGCAGGAAACUGAAGCUGAGAGGAGGUGGGACCUGGAGCUGCUCCUUCAUCAGCCCAAACUUGAGAAGGUGAAGGGGGCAGCGCCAGCGGGUGAGCGGGUGCUCAGGGCAGUGCUUGAGCCUCAGAAUCAAGGCUCGGCUGCAGGUCCUCCCAACCCUGGACUUGGCAGUUACAUGAACCAAUAAAUUCCGUCUCAGUGUGGAGGCAUGCUGCUUUCUUACUUGCAAUCUAAAGAUUCCCGACUGACAUUCCCUGCCUGGGUGCUUUUGUCUCCAUGUCUCCGAUGGGCAGGGCAUCCUUCCUGCCGCCCAGCACAUCCCCUGGGAAACCUUUCCCCAGGGAGCCUCCAGCCCACGCCGACAUGGCUUUCUCUCCAGCUUCUAAAGGGCUCGCUGCUCUUCCCCACCUCACAGGACCACCUGGCGCAAGCUGCCCAGGUCUCACCACGUCUGUCCCGCACAGCCAAGCACAGCCCGCCACACAGGCGGGUGGAAUGGAGGGGAGAGGACAGACGGCUGAGUGAACGUGAGCUCCACGAGAGCAGAGACUGCGCCACGUGCGCCAUCUUCCUCUCCUGGGCCACAACCAGUGCUCAGAGCGUGGCGACGUCACUGAGUGUGAAUGGCUGAAGGAUAGAGAACUGAGCUCAGGCUAGAGUGCUGAGGCAUCAGCCCAGCUCACAGCAACCUCAAACUCCUGGGUUCAAGCAAUCUUCCU